AUGAACCCCGCUCAGAAGAUCCCUCUGAACAUUGUCAUGGGCGCGAUGACUUUUGGUGAACCGGGCAGAGACGGCGCGCGAGUCACCGACUUGGAAGACUGCGCGGCGAUUCUUGAUGUGUUCCAAUCGCACGGACACUACGAGGUGGAUACCGCCCGCAUCUACAUCGGCGGGACGUCCGAAGAGUACCUCGGCAAGCUGGACUGGGCGAAGCGAGGCCUGAAGGUGCACACCAAGCUCUACCCAACCAAGGACAACCCUAUUGUUCAGGCGCUCCCUGGCGCUCCCGUGGAUAUCUCGCACACUCCCGAGAGCCUUCGUAAACACUUCUUCGACUCCCUGAAUGCCCUGAAUGCCAAGCACAUUGACAUGUUUUACCUGCACGGCCCAGACAGAACUGUUGCAUAUGAAGUGACGUUGAAAGCGGUCAACGACCUCUAUAAGGAGGGCUACUUUGACCGGUUCGGGGUCAGCAACUACGCUGCAUGGGAGGUGGCCGAGAUGGUCAUGAUCUGCAGGAAGAACGGGUGGAUCGCGCCGACCGUGUACCAGGGCGUGUACAAUGCCCUUCACCGCGGAGUCGAGCCCGAACUGUUCCCGUGCCUCCGGAAAUUCGGGAUCAGUUUCUACGAGUUUAACCCCCUGGCUGGCGGAUACCUCACUGGACGGUACAUGUCGCCCGACGCACCGGCGGAGAAGGGAUCCCGGUUUGAUCCUGAGACGCUUGUAGGCAAGAUAGCACGCAAGAGGUACUUUACGGACACGCACUUCCACGCGCUCGAGUCCAUUAAGGCGGUCGCGGAAAAGCACGGCCUGACGAUGGCCGAGGUUGCGCUGCGCUGGGUGGCGCACCACAGCUUGCUCAAGCGGGAGCACGGCGACUCGGUCAUCAUUGGCGCUUCAAGUGUGAAGCAUACACAGGAGAACCUGGUAGAUCUGGAGAAGGGACCGCUGCCGGAGGAAGUUGUCCAGGUGCUGAAUGAAGCAUGGGAUUCGGUAAAGGGGAGCUGCAGCCCGUACUUCCACUAG